AUCUGUCAGUGUCAUAUGUAUAAAAUAUCUUAAAAUAAAUAAUUAUCAACUAAUUUAAUAAUAAUUUAAUAUAUAUCAAACAUGUAUUGUGUUUUUUAUUAGAGUAGAUACUGAAAAACCUUAUCUGUCGAUAAAUAUAUUAAAAUUAGAGAAACUAGCGCUUGCGCAAUGUUAUUUACAGAAAAAAUUUGUUUUUACAAAAAAAUAUUUCACAACAUUAUGUUCAUCGAGUGAUUAAGGUGCUUCGUUCAAUUGAAUCCUUUUAAUUUAACCAUGGAUGAUGAGAUGUUAACUGAAAAAACGAGGAAAGGUAUUGCCUCCUUUCUUAAUUUACAUGGUGACUCAUACAGGGAGAAGAAAAGAAGUUUGAACGGUUUUAUAAAAACUCUGCAAGCCGAGUAUAGUUAUGAAGAAGUUCAAGAUUUCAUUAAUAACUUAAUUACAACGACUGAGUAUGAUCAUAACUUAAAAAAUGAAUUAAUUGUACAUUUUCAAUUAGAAUCGUCGAUUGUCGAUGUUUUAAAAACUGGAAAUGACGCUGCUGUGGGGAGAAUUUUGAAAAACUGGAAAUACUUUAAGAAUUUACUUAAUAAAAUGAGUGUAGAUGAUUUUGUAGACAAUUUUUUGCCGAAAUUGUCUUAUAAAACAAGUAUGAAGGUCAUUAAAAUAAUUGGUAAAAACAUAAAUGAUAAUCCCAAGUUAGCUGAUGACUUAUUUAAUAGAUUAGAAGAAAAAUGUGGUAUAAAAACAGCAAUUAUUUUAUUACAUUGCUGCUCUCUUAAUCUGAUCAAAGAUAAAUGUUCUAAAUACAUAUUACAUUUAUCUUGUCGUAGUUUAUUGGAAAUUUAUAAAAAGCAUCCGGAAUUUUUAGAGUUUUAUUUCGAAUUGAUGAUCAAAACUAAGCACAAAAAUGUAACAAUUUCAAAUUACACAAAAAUUUUUAAAUAUAUCGCUCGAACUAGAUCUAACAUACCAUUCUUUUGGAGGUUAAAUAAAAAUUAUCAAUUUUUUUAUUAUAUUGGGAGCCGGGGUGCAAUGAAACUUCUUCCAACUAAAGAAAGAAUGAUAAAACAUAGUUUUUUUAACCCGCAAACACUUAUAACAGGUAAACAUCUGUUAAACGCAGCCAGAAAAGUUGAUAUGCAUAAAGAAUUAAUUUUAAAAUCUUAUCCCAAUAAUAUCAGCGAUUAUAUUAGAGAUAUUAGUCCUAAUAAUUCGCCGAUUAUUUAUAUGCCUAGAAAACAAAUUUUUCCUUUAUUACAAGAAUUAUUUAUGAAAAUGUAUAAAGAAAAUUUUGACGAUUACGUCUAUUUAAUAAAUGGGGAUUUUUUGCAAUAUUUUACAACUGAGGAAAGAGAAUACGUUUUAGAUAAAAUAAGUGAUAAAGAAGAUUUUUUACAUUAUUAUCCAAUAAAUCGAUCAAUACCGAUUGUAAAAGAAAAAUUAAAAAGUGCUAACGAUCCUGAUACCCGUCUAGACUUAAUUCGUACCCUUUAUAAAACUUGUAACAUAAACAACGAUGUAAAAGCUUUAUUAGAGGUUUUGAAAUUUGUUUAUGGUCGAUAUAAGAAUGAUACACGAGCGUUACAUGAAUUUGUGAAUGAUGUAACUUAUAGUUGGAAAGAUUAUAGUCGAUUUAGCGAAGAACAUUGGGAAACAAUUUAUAAUCUUAUUGAAUAUUUAGAAUAUUCAGGAAUUCAUACGAAUUGGGAACACUUUUUUGAACGACAUUUCGUGUGGCUCGUUGAUAAUGAUAAGCCGUAUAAAGAUUUAUUAGAUGAAUUCAUGAAAAGGUGUCUUAAACAAUUUUUUAUUAAUAAGAAUUAUUCUUUUGGGCAUUCAAAGAAACAUAUGAAAAUUUUUAUUAAAGAAAUGAGUAAACGCUUAGAAGGAGAAAGUCAGAUAUUACAUUUUGGUUUAUUAGAUAUGGUUGUGGAAUUUGAUAAACGAUUCCCUAAAGAAAUUAAUGUUUUAGAGUACGCUUAUAUUUUAGAUUACGGUGUUAAUUAUAGCUCCAGUCAACAAACCGGGCAUGAAUUUUAUUUCAUUAAAAACUACAACAAAGAUAAAUCCUUUAAUAAAUACAUUCAAUACUUUAAUCAACCACACAACAUCAACACACAAAUUAUAUUAUAUUGUCUUGAAUAUUGCCCAGAAGAACUUCAUCAUUUUCAGAGCAUACACAAAAAAAUACAUGGAUUAAAUAAAAUAAUUCGCAAAAUCUUGUUAUGUCCCUACUUUAUAAAAAGUCAUCUACGGGUUUAUACCGAUUUAUGUUUUCACCAACUUGAAGAUAGUGACGUCGAUAUCGAAGCUGCUUUACUUAAAUUCAUAUCGUACGAUAAAAAAUUUAUCGAUGUUGUUUCCAAGUUUUUACCACCGGAAGAUGCUAAAAUAGAACCAAACGCCGAUAAGAUUUUCGUAACAAAACAACAACAAAUUAUUAAAUAUAUCCCACAAAUUUCCACUCCGGAAAAUAUGAAAUUGAUAAGAAUAUUUUGUAAAGCUGAUUAUUUAAAAUACGCUUUGGGAUCACUUUACAAAAUAGCUUACAAAGUACCCCAAAAUCUUCUCCCCGAGUUUUUACAAAACAUCUACGAAGCUGCAGUUUCCGUAAAAAAACACGCUUUAUAUUUAGGAAGACAUUUACUUCCUGUUAAUUCGUACCAUGAUUUUUUAGUUACCUCAAGUCGAUUAGAAACAAAUUUAUCGAUGAGGAACAUUUUAUUAAAAAAGACUUUGGAGUAUUUCAUUGAAAAUGUUGACGAAAAAUUUUUCAAUUUAUUUAUAGACAAUUUACAAAAAAUCGACAAAAACGACAAAGAUUUAUACGAUCACUUAAUAGAUUACUCAAAAAUGCCUCAAGAAUUCUUAGCGAGAUACAUCACAAUAAUUUAUGACAACAUUAUGAGCAAUGAAGACCAAAACAUUCGCGAUAAAGCGAUUCAUUUAAUAGAAAAUCUACCUAAUUAUGUAAUAGAUGAAAUAAACGUUGAUUUAAUGAUGCGAUAUCUUAAAACUGCCGAUUUAGCCACCACUAAUUUCAUUAACAAAUGUUUAUUUCAUACUACAGGAGAAAAACACAACGAAAUAUACGCAUAUAUAAUGAAGUUAAUUACGGAAUUAGUUAAAAAAUGUACACCAACAAACAUUCAAAUGAGAUCGAAAGUAACAACUUUGAUUAUUACGAUUACAAACGAAGCCAGAUCUCUUAACAACAUUAAAAUUAUCGAAAAUCUUCAUACAAUUCUAAAAACAAACGUUCAACAACACACUCUCAUUACGAUAAAACUCCUAUUAGAACAUAGUAUUAUAUUCUUGAAAUCCAACAAAGAUCCCAAGAUAUUCUCCGAAAACAUCAAACCUCACUUAUUUGAAAUGAUCGAAUUAUAUUCUUUUAAUAUGAUUGAAUUUUAUACAAAAGAAUUGCAAUCAUUUAUUGAUUCGCAUGAUGGUUUCGAUAAAUUUUUAUUUAUUGAAAACCUUUUCAACGAUGGCAAUGAAAAUGAGAUUGUUUAUUUUGUUGUGAUUGGUUUAUUUCCGUGGUGUUUACCAACAGAAAAAAAUUGUUUUGCUAAUUAUGUACCCAUGUUGGAAAAAUUAAAAUUAAGUGAUGAUCCUAGAAUUAUGGCCGAUUUGGAUUUGUAUUUUCAAAGAGCUUCAUAAACUUUUGUACUAUUACAAAUAAAUAUAUUGUUAAAAUUG